UCCCGCAGUGGCUGCAGCAGCAAAAGCCACCUCCGCAACGUCCAUUCCUGUACCUCUGGAUUUGGAAUCCUCCUUUCUGUGUGUUCCCUCUUUCCUCCCUAGAGCCAGUUCCCCGCUGGCAAGGCUGCUUUCUUCAGCCAAAUUCACCGGAGUUUGACCGCUGCAAAGUGUUAAGUGGUGUCUGUUUGUCCUAGAAUCUCAAGAUCUUUUCCUUCUUCCUCUCCCUGCCCCUCGCUCCAUGCGCCUGAGGAACAUGUCUGGGAACUUUUUGCUCGCCCCUAUUCCGGAGUCUUCCUCUGAUUAUAUGCUUCACAAGGACAUUAAACUGGCAGUGCUGGGCUCAGGCAACGUGGGCAAGAGCGCAAUGAUUGUGCGCUUCCUGACCAAGAGAUUUAUUGGAGAUUAUGAACCCAAUACAGGCAAACUAUAUUCAAGGACUGUUCACAUAGAAGGAGACCAACUGUCCUUACAGAUCCAGGAUACUCCGGGAUGCAUUCAGGUCCAAGAUGACUUUGUUCAGGUAUUGGAUUCUCUCUCCAGAUGUGUUCAGUGGGCAGAGGGUUUUCUGCUGGUAUAUUCCAUCACAGACUAUAGCAGCUACCAGUCAAUCAAACCCCUUUAUCAGCACAUCCGGAGGCUCCAUCCCAACUCCAAGACUCCCAUCAUUAUCGUGGGGAACAAAGGAGAUCUUCUACAUGCCCGACAGGUGCAGACUAAUGAUGGCAUCCAGCUGGCUAAUGAGCUGGGCAGUGUAUUUCUUGAAAUUUCAACCAGUGAAAACUAUGAAGAUGUCUGUGAUGUUUUUCAGCAUCUCUGCAAAGAAGUUAGCAAACUGCACAACCUCAGUGGGGAAAAGAGGAGAUCAUCUCUCAUUCCCCGGCCCAAAUCACCCAACAUGCAAGAUCUCAAGAGACGCUUCAAGCAGGCUCUCUCUUCCAAAGGCAAAUCAUCACCUUCAAUGGGAUAAAACCAUGGUUCAAAAGACUCUAGUCUCCUUAUUAUACAUUUGUGCAGCUAAACAGACUGGUUUCUCCUUUUUAAUUGCUCAUUCAGAGUUUAUUUUUGUACAGGUAUUAAUUUUCAUGUUUGUGUGCGUCUCUUAAAGAAACUGUUUACCCUUUGGUUUGAGGAAAUUUUUGUACAUGACACAUUUUUGUACAUGGUACAUGUACCAAAAUUAUUGAUUACUUUUCCAUUAAAGAUAAAAUGAUAACAUGA